UCUGCAACCAACAGCCGAUCAACUAGCAGAGGCACUGCGAGCUCGCCAGGCUUCCAGAGCGUACAAGGCGACCGAUCGAUCGAUCGACCGACCGGCAAGCAAUGGCGGCGACAGGGAGCCCUAAGGGCCUACGGUUCGCUGCAGCGUGCGGCGUUCUCAGCCGCUGCAUCAAGGCGGCGGAGACGCGGCCGGCGGCCACGGUGGUCCUCCCCCUCAUGCCUGGAGCGGAAGUGCCCGCGCAAGACGACCACGAGGCGGGUCCUGCGCCGGCGAACGCGCAGAUGACCAUCUUCUACGGCGGGCAGGUGCUGGUGCUGGACGAGGUCCCGGCUGACAGGGCGGCCGAGCUGCUCCGCGUCGCUGGUGUCUCAGGCACAGCGCGAGGGAACUGCGAGGCGGCGAAUGGCGACCUGCCCAUGGCGAGGAAGGCGUCGCUGCAGCGGUUCAUGGCGAAGCGCAAGGGAAGGCUCGCCGCGCGCGCCGUCCCCUACAGCCGGCCCGACGGCGACGCGUCCUCCUGUAACCGUCUGUCACUUAGGCUCUGAUUCGUGUUCAAGCGUAGAGGCUCACCAAGUGUACAUGCUUAGCUGUUUUAUUGGAUCUCGCCAAUAAACUGUAUAUUGCAAAUACAUAUGAUCAUUGGCAUUAAA